AUGAAUUUUUAUGGGGAUGAUGAGUUAAAAGAAGCAUGCAGAUCAGAAAUGAUAUCCGAUUUAAAUAUUAUAUUGGAUCGGAAAACAACACCAGCAUUCUUUUGUAUGGUACAAUAUUACGGACGUGAACAUGAACUUUGUGGCGAUAAACGAAAUUUCGAACCAGAAUUAAUACCAUCACCAAAUAUAAUUAUUCAAAUUUCAGCACAUCAUCCGCAAAAAAAACUACCAAUAAUGAUAAAGCAUGGUUUUUAUUGUUACCAACACAAUCAAUUCAAUACGAAUGAUAAAAAAGAUUAA